GAAAAACAAAAUCGAAAACCAAAAAUGAAAACUUUAAUCCAAUCUUGGCGCGUGCUUUGAACGAGAAAAUGUGAUUCACUCGGCCGCAGCGUAGAGCAAAGGAGGGAGAGGGAGCCCAACGGAGAAUGAUCGGAGACGUAGAGAAAAUGGUCGCAGUGGGCCUCGUCUGGGGCGCCACCAACGCCAUCAUGCGCCGCGGUGCGCUCCUCUGGGAACAGGCCCGCGAAUCUACUUCGAGACCACCUCCACCAGAAACCCACCCAUCCAAGCUCCACCACAAAUUCCUCGCUUCCCUCAAGAACUGGCUCACCCUCCUCUCGAUCUGGCAGUAUUCCGUCCCGUUCUUGAUCAAUCUCUCAGCCUCCGCUACUUUCUUCGCUAUUCUGGGACAAACUCCCAUCUCUCUAACUGUGCCUGUCACCAACGCCACGACGUUUGCCGCCACGGCCUUGUUCGGGAUGCUGCUGGGGGAGAAGACGCGCGUCGGCCACGCUUUGCUUGGUACGGGUCUGAUUGUUCUCGGUGUUUGGCUUUGUAUUACGUGAUGACUUUUGUGAUAUUUAGCUAACCCUGUUGGUCUACUAGAUUGAGGAAGACAAAAUGAAAUGGAAUGAAUUAAACGGAUUUUCGUGAUCCAUAUUGAAUCCCUUUGGGGUUUUUUGCUUUGUUGGGUAUUUUGGUUAUUGUCAUGGGCAUUUGGCUUUGUGCAGUAGGAUAUUAUUUUUUUUUUUGAUAAGUAAUGCAGUAGGAUAUAAUUUGUGAAUGGAACUAUGAAUUUCAUAUAUUCUUGGAGAUUACUUUUGAAA